UUAAUUUAUCAUCGCUCUCUUUUAAACAGCGAACCAAACUGGUGAGAUUGGUAGUUGGACUCUCCCAUACUUCUUUACUUAUUACACAACACUCUCCGUAUCUCUUACCUCAUAACAAACUCAAGAGUCUGGCGAUGACUCCGAGAGGAAUUCUCGCUGGACUUAUCCCCCUUUUAGCGUUGUAUUGUGGCAUUGACCCAUUUCAGCACAGUGCAAUCUCUGAAUUUCCCGACUUUAAGGCCUUCAAAGUUGACUUGCCUGACUGGUCUUUGGUUCCUAAUGAGAAAGACAAUGAUAACUUACUCCAAAGGUCUGAAAUUAAGUUCUUGAAUCAAAUUCAAGGCCCUGAAAGUAUGGCCUUUGACCCUCUUGGCCGUGGCCCUUAUACUGGUAUUGCUGAUGGCAGAAUUGUCUUCUGGGAUGGUCUUAAAUGGAUUGAUUUUGCUUACACUUCUCCUAAUAGAUCAGAAAUAUGUGAACGAAAACCAUCACCCUUGAGUUACUUGAAGAAUGAACAUAUCUGUGGCAGGCCUUUGGGGCUUCGAUUUAAUAAGAAAACUGGAGAUUUAUACAUUGCAGAUGCAUAUUUUGGGCUGAUGAAAGUGGGGCCAGAGGGUGGGUUGGCAACAUCACUAGCGACUGAGGCAGAAGGAAUCAAAUUGGGAUUCACCAAUGAUCUAGACAUUGAUGAUGAAGGGAACAUUUACUUUACAGAUAGUAGCACUCAAUACCAGAGGAGGAACUUUAUGCAGUUGGUUUUCUCUUCGGAGCACAGUGGGAGGGUUCUAAAGUACAACCCAACUACAAAAGGGACGACUGUCCUUGUGAGGAAUGUUCAAUUUCCAAAUGGUGUGUCCUUAAGCAAGGAUGGUACCUUCUUUGUCUUCUGUGAAGGAUCCAUAGGCAGAUUGAGCAAAUACUGGCUGAAAGGCGAGAAGGCAGGGACUACUGAAGUAUUAGCCAUCUUGCCAGGAUUUCCUGACAAUGUCAGAACAAAUGAAGAAGGUAACUUUUGGGUAGCAGUCCAUUGUCGCCGCACAUAUUAUUCUUACAUAUGUGCAUUAUACCCAAAACUGAGGACAUUCUUACUCAAGCUUCCAAUUUCUGCAAAGAUUCAUUACCUGUUUCACAUUGGAGGCCGGCUUCAUGCGGUGGCUGUAAAAUACAGUCCAGAAGGCAAGCUUCUGCAGAUAUUGGAGGAUAGUCAGGGGAAGGUUGUCAAAGCAAUCAGUGAAGUGGAAGAGAGGGAUGGGAAGCUAUGGAUGGGGAGUGUUCUGAUGCCUUUUGUUGGAGUUUACAACCUGGCUUGAGUUAAGAGAAAUAUUAUAGGAAAAAAAAUGUUAUUUCAGAAAUAGCUUGCUCCUGCCCUUUUGUUUUUCUUUUCUUUUUCUUUGGUUUUCUUGUGUUUCUCUACCUAUUGAAGAAAGUUGAUGUGCCUAGAGAAUAGAAAUAAAAUCUGUUGUAGGAUUUUCUUCAGGUGGUGACUAUUUCGUAUGGCGCUGCAACAAUGAUUCUUCUCCUAUUUAUAGCAGUUUGUGGCAGAUUUCUUCA